AUGUUUAAUACCAGAGUGGUACCCAUGAAUGAGAACCAUGUUAAUCUCAACUGUGGUCUAGGUGGGCUUGGGUCAAGCAUAGGCAAGAAACUCAGACAACAAGGAGCCCGACUGGCCAUUCUGUACGCACCCUUUGAGGCUGCGCGUCGAGACCAGCUGCUGGAGUCUACCUACGGUCGGGUUCCCGACUCAGAUGAAAUCCGAGCCUAUGAAUGUGACAUCACGUCGCCGGAGUCUGUCCAGUCGGCAUUUAAAGCGCUGGACAAGGAAAUGGUCCAGCCGUCAUCUUUCUCUGUGGCUGAUCGGACCUUCCCAAGUAUUCUGAUCAAUACAGCUGGUUAUGUCAAUCUGAGUGAUAUGGAGUCGACGCCACCCGAGGAUACCAUGAAACAUCUCACCACGAAUGUUUUCGGACCAAUGCUGUGCUCUCAGGCGUUUGCUCGACUCUACUUCACUGCCUCUAAGGGAGCGAAAUCUUCAGGCAGUCCUCCUCCAACCGGGAGAAUCGUCAAUAUCGCGUCGCAGGCAGCACAUGUAGCACUGCCUCGGCAUGGCGCAUACUGCGCGUCCAAAGCUGCACUGUUAGGAUUGACACGCAGUAUGGCCUCCGAAUGGGGAGGUCGUGGCAUCACAACGAACUCUGUCUCCCCAACGGUAGCAUGGACCGAGCUUGGAAAGAAAGCGUGGGGACAAGAGGAUGUCCGAGAAGCCUUCCUGAAGACGAUCCCGACUGGCAAAUUCGCGUUACCGGAUGAGGUGGCGGAUGCUGUUCUCUUCCUCUGCAAGGCAAGUGUUUUAGAAUUGUUUGGCUCCUUUCUUCACACUAACUAG